AUGUCUCGUUUCUUUGCUUCAGGCUAUAGUUCAGAGUCUUCUUCGGAAGAGGAAGCGUUAAUGAGCACUUCUGAGGAAGAAAUACUUUCUUCUUCUGAUGACUUAUCUACCGACUCUGAGUUUGAGAACGAAUUGGACGAAUCAAGUGAUUCUGACUCUGAUGGUGCGCCAAAGGGACCGUCAUACUUUUUGAAAAAAAGUGCCGGUGGUCAAUCUGACUCAGAUUCAGAUUUAGAUAGCGAUGAUGAGGGUAGAAAAGUAGUCAAAUCAGCCAAAGAAAAAUUAUUAGACGACAUGAAAGAAGUUAUAGAGGCGAUUAAUAUUUCGAAGAGAACUAACAAAUGGACAUCGGCAUUAAGUGACUUCGAAAAAUUAGGCAGGCUAUUGACUAGAUCAAGUCAACAGAGAUUCGGAACACCUAAAUUUUACAUUGCAUGCUUGGCCGGCUUAGAGGAUUACAUCAAUGAAACUGCUGAAAAUGAAAAGUUGGAAAAGUCAUUAAAUGCUGCAGAAGCCAGAGCAUUUAAUACUGCUAGGCAAAGAGUUAGAAAGCAAAUUAAAGAAUAUCAAGCUUACUGUGAUUCUUAUAGGAAAAACCCUGAAGCAUUUGAAAGUGAUGAACCAUUGGAAGCUGUCCAAACUGAGGUAUUCCCUGAAGACGACAAGCGAGGUACUGUAAGUGCUCAUAAAGUGUUUGGACCUGUGUUUACAAUUUUGAAGCAAAUCUCUGAAACUCGUGGUAAGAAGAAUAUUGACAAGCAUGAACAAAUUCAAUCGUUAGAAGAUUUAUUACGUGAUAUUUCGAAAACCGGUAGUAUUUUUGAGCUUAUUUCUACCUAUCAAAUGUUGUUGUCUGUUAGAUUUGAUGCAUCGUCAAAUCAAACUUUUAUGCCUGUUGACCAAUGGACCAAGAAUAAAAAUGAUUUAAAUUCUUUGUUGGAUUUACUAGAAGCUAACAAAGACCUGUAUCAAGUUUCAGAAAUCGGUGAAAUAACUGACGAAGUCGAUAUUGAACCAGCAGCAAAUGAUGAAGACGUCAAAGUUAUUUUCGGGUCGAUAACUUCAUUGAUCGAGAGAAUAGAUGAUGAAUUUACCCGUUCGCUUCAAAAUAGUGAUCCUCAUUCUCUUGAGUAUAUUGAGAGAUUGAAGGAUGAAGGCUCAAUAUAUGAACUCUUGGUAAGGGGACAAUCUUAUGUUGAGCUCAUUACACCGGAAUCAGCUAGAGAUGAAACAACUCAAGUUUCAAGAAUUGUUUUGAGAAGAUUGGAGCAUAUCUAUUACAAACCAAAUCAAUUAAUUGCUGCUAAUGAGAAAGAAACUUGGAAAGAUCUUAAAGUUGACUCGAAGAUAACGCCAAGAAAUUCUGAUCCUAAUACAGUUGUCGAGGAGUUGUGUGAUUUCUUAUCCAAACAAUCAAGCAACAUCUAUCGGUCCUACGCUUUGUUGUACAAUAUAUAUUAUCAUGCAGUGAAUGACGAGUACUCCAAAGCUAGAGAAUUGUUUUUGAAGUCGCAAAUUUACUAUUCUAUCCAACAUGCCGAAUCUCCUUUACAAAUUCAGUAUAAUAGAGCGUUGGUACAAUUAGGUUUAAGUGCAUUUAGAGCAAGUGCAAUUGAAGAGUCACAUCAAACUUUGAUGGAUAUUGCAAAUUCCCAAAGGACUAAAGAAUUGCUUGGUCAAGGUUUUAACACAAAGUACCCUAGUCAAGCAACAGCCGCAGAGAAGCAAAGAUUAUUACCAUUUCAUAUGCACAUCAAUUUGGAGUUGCUUGAAUGUGUCUAUAUGACAAGUUCUUUAUUAAUAGAAAUCCCUGCUUUGGCGGCUGCUGCAUCAAGCUCAUCGAAAGACUCUAGACGUAAAGCAUCAGUCAAGUCUUUCAAGAGUAAAUUGGAAUUUCACGACAGGCAGUAUUUCACAGGUCCUCCAGAGAGCAUCAAAGAUCACAUUGUUUAUGCAUCUAGAGCUUUACAAAAGGGUGAUUGGUUGAAGGCUUAUGAUCUUUUGGCAUCUAUCAAAAUCUGGAAAUUAUUCCCAAACCAUGAUCAGUUGUUAGAAAUGAUGAAAAACCAGUUGCAGGUUGAGGGCUUGAGAACUUACAUUUUCACAUACAGGCUGGUUUAUUCUAAAUUAUCUGUUUCCAAGUUAUCUCAAAUCUUUAGUCUUGAUUCCGAAAAAGUCGUUUCCGUGUUGCAACGUAUGAUUGAUUCAAACGAAGUUAACGGUACUUUGGAUGAUGAUAAAUAUCUUAAUUUCAUUUCUACUGGCCCACAAAGGUCGAGAUUGCAAGAAUUGGCGAUAGUGAUGAAUGAAAAGGUGGGUUUGUUGGCUGAGAAGAAUGAAAAGACUGCUUCUAACGGUCAUGGAAGGAAGCAGCCCCAACAGCAACAACAGCAGCAGCAACAACAGAAAGAACAAAAGGAAUUUAUUCAAGAAGAGAACAAUAAGUUUAGAUGUGCUAAUGUUAACACCAACAAUGAUGAAUUUCAAGCUAUGGUUUGA